CAGAGCACUUCAAGGUGAAAGUCCAGUCCCCAGUGAUUUAGCCAUAAUUAUGUAUACUAGUGGAUCUACGGGCAAACCCAAAGGUGUGAUGAUUACUCAUAAGAACAUUAUCAGUACGUGCAAUGGGUUCAUGAAAGUUGCUGAAGAUUUAAGGCCAGGAGAUGUCUAUAUGGCAUAUUUACCCCUAGCUCAUGUACUGGAGUUAGCUGCAGAAUGCUGUUUCUUAGCAGUUGGAGUUCCUCUUGGUUAUUCCUCUCCUUUAACAAUGACAGAUAAGUCUACUGCUGUAAAAAAAGGCUGUAAGGGUGAUGCUUCAGUUUUGAAACCAACAGUUAUCUCAGCUGUUCCUUUAAUACUGGAGAGAAUCCAGAAAGGAAUAACAGAGGUUAUCCAAUGUGAAGGAAACUUCACCAGAAAACUUUUUGAUUUUGCAUUGAAGUACAAACAGAGAUGGAAGAAGUGGGGGUUUGAGACACCCAUUAUAAAUUGGGUUCUGUUCAGAAGUAUCAAAGAUUUAGUUGGUGGACGACUCCGUGCUAUUGUCUCAGGGGGUGCUCCACUUUCUCCAGAUACACACACAUUUAUCAGCACUUGUCUAGAUGUGUACUUACUUCAGGGGUAUGGACUCACAGAAACCACAGCUGCAGCAACUCUGAUGGAAAUGAAUGACUUAAGCACUGGAAGAGUGGGAGCUCCAGUUGCUGACUGUUUUAUUCAACUUAAAGACUGGGAGGAAGGUGGAUAUUCUGUAUGGGACAAACCUCAUCCUCGGGGAGAAGUUAUUGUAGGUGGGGACAGUGUGGCACAAGGCUAUUACAAAAAUGAAGAACUGACCAAUGAAGCUUUCUUUGAGAAAGAUGGAAUUCGCUGGUUUAGUACUGGUGACAUUGCUGAACUGUAUCCUGAUGGUACCAUCAAAAUUAUUGACCGCAAGAAAGACUUAGUAAAGCUCCAGUUGGGAGAAUAUGUUUCUUUGGGAAAGGUAGAGACUGAGCUGAAGAGAUUUCCACUGCUGAAUAACAUCUGUGUCUAUGGAAAUAGCUUUGAAUCAUAUGUAGUAGCAUUGGUAGUACCAGAUCGAAAACAGUUGCAUUUGCUAGCUGCGAGCUUGGGCAAAGAGGACCUUAGUUUUGAAGAAAUGUGUAAAGACAAGGAUGUUAUUGCAGAGUUUCUAAAAUCCCUAGUAGAGCAUGGCAAGAAAGCAAAACUUGGAGGAAUUGAAAUUCCCAAAAAGAUAAAGCUAUGUUCUGAACUAUGGACUCCAGAAUCGGGGCUUGUAACUGCUACAUAUAAACUGUGUAGGAAUGCCAUAAAACAAUACUACAAAGAUGAUAUUACUGCUCUAUAUACCUCGAAAUGACAUCAUUUGAACAUUAACAUAUGCUAUAGUGUAGCUUAAUUUGUUGGCACAUAUUUAGACUACUUGUGUAGUUUAGAAGGAAUAAAAAAGUUGAAAUUUUAAAUACAAAAUCAGUUAUUACUUGACAUUUAAGUUCAGCUGUUUUGCUGAUUAUUUCACAUAACCACUUUUUUUGAGAAUUUAUUUUCUCAAAAGAAAAGUUCAAUUUUUAUCAAAAGUACAUAUUUAUGCAAGUAAGUAGAAAUGUUAAUCUGAUUUUUUCUACACUUUAAAACAAUAAUAUAAUAUUUUGUGCUUCCUAUACAAGUAUUAAGUGAUAUUCUACUCAGAUAUGCAAUGUGAAUUUACUUAUGUUGCACACAAUAAUAAGUUCUAGCAUUUUUUUUUCUGUUUACUUGACUUGAUAGUCAUAAAAACUAAUAUGUUUAAAAACUCGUAUUUAAAAAAAGAACACCGUGAACUAAAGCAGUGUGAUAAUAAAAGUUCAAAAAUAUCACCUAAGUGGAAGGGAUUUCUAGGGUGUAAAACACAAGUGCUUGAAAAAUUUCUAUAAUUUUAAAUACCUGUCAGUCAGAGUGGUUGUUGAAAACUGAUGUGUCAACAGAUAAGGAAGUUGUCUGGUGUGAUACAUGGAUGAGGUCAGAGGUUAAGGGAAAGAAAAUGUAAUUGACAAUAUGGGAUUGAUGAGAGCAUCCUUGUGUUGUAGAAAUGAAACUACUAGAAGAAGUUUUAAAAACCAUACUGGAAAAUUGAAAUUAAAUACAUUUUCUUGAAUAAAAUGUAAAGCAAAAACAGUUGUAAAAUUAUGAAAGUUAUAUUUUAACUAAUGAUACUAAUACCAGAAUAAAAUGUUAUGAACAUGAAUAUGUAUAUAAAGAAAGAGAUAAGUGAAAGAAUAUUAAUUGGAAUUUUGGAAACUUGUAAAUGUGACAUAAGGUUGAAAUGGCCCAAAGCCAAAUUUCACAUGUUUUUAAGUUCCUAGACAGAAAGCUCAGUUUUUCAAGUUAAUGCUUUUUUCGUUAUUUGACCCUAAUGUCUACAUCAAUAAGUGAAGGCCGUCUAUUCACUUGUAUAUUGAUUUUUAUAAUGUGUAUGGUUGUUUUUCAGAGUAGUGCUUAAGAAGCCUCAUCAAGUUGCACAUCUAUCAUGUUUUUCUAAAGGACUGCUUUGUAUAAGUGGAGAGUUAGAAUUCACCAUGUCCACAAUCUCACUAUACAAGCUGCUUAUUUGUUGCUAUUUGUUACCCUCCAUCAUUUUGUAAACACUUUAUGUUUAUGAAAGUGUUAUGAUUUCCAUCAAGCACUUCUGCUUUUACCAUUUGUUGAUCCUGAGGAAGAAUAUACUUUUCAAAAUCUCCUGAACUUCGAAUUUAUAUCUUAAACUUUCUGAGCUACUACGAAGUUUAAUUUUAACUUACAAGUACAGUUGUAUAAGCUCUUAGAUGUGGUCUAUGAUAUCUAAUUCAUGUAAGCUAUAAAACAUGUUUUGGUUUCCAGUUAACUAGCAAAAUAAAGUUUUUAUAUGCCAUAGGCAUUUCUAA